AUGAAGAUGUGGGUGAGGGAGGCGACGAAGCGCGCUCGCGCGCCGCACUUCGGGCCAAGGCUGGACUACGGAGUGGACACGACGCUGCUAGACCCCGCUCUACGGUCGGCGUUUGUGCAGCUGGACUGCGACCAAGAGACUGAAGCAUUCCUGGAUACCUGCACUGGGGGAAGCUUGUGGGAGUCGCUGGGCUCCACCAUCCUCGGGCUCUUUUACUCGCUCACCGACGCGAACGGAAUUCUAGGGCGUGGUCAGAUGUUCGUGCUUUCGCGCGCCCAAGUGCAGCAGCUUCUUCAUCGCGAAGUGCCUGUGGCAGGAGGUGGCGGAUCGCUGCUUGACAUCGGAGCCGGAGACGGAAACGUGACGGCGUCGCUGGCCUCGCUCGUGGACCAAGUGACCACAACCGAGGCGUCGGCUCCCAUGGUGGCUCACCUCAACGCGCGGGGCUACAACAGCGUACAAACGUGCGACCUGCAGCACGAAUUCGUGCAGUCGCGGAAGCCCUACAACAUUAUCAGCAUGCUCAACGUGCUCGACCGCGCCGACAAGCCGCUGACCAUGCUGAGAGAGAUCCGCGAGAUGCUGCACACGGAGAACGGUCUCUUUUUGCUGGCGGUGGUGCUGCCGUUCUCCGCGUUCGUGGAGGUGGGCACACAGCGCGUGGCGCCAACCGAGAAGCUGCCGAUGCGCGGUGGGCUCUGCGCGGACGGCGCGUCCUUCGAGGUCGCGGCGAGCCUUCUGCUGCGCAACGUGCUGUUGCCGGCGGGCUUCAAGCUGCGCCACUUCAGUCGCGUGCCCUACUUGUGCCGUGGGGACAUGCAGCAGCCAUACUACGUGCUGUCGGACGCGAUCUUCGUGCUGGAAGUCGACGGCGAGGCGCAACAGCGGACAAGUUGA